AUGUCAGCAAGCUCGGAGUCCGAGGCGCGCAGCGGCAAUGGCGUUGCCACGUCUCCGUCCAUCGAGCCACCAGGGGAAGCCACGGAAUUCCCCGCGUUUCUGCCGCCGCAAGUGACGGAGCUUGAGGAGGAGGCGGCUCGCCAGCUGGCCCGGCGCGUUCAGAGGCUGCCAGUACAGACCAAACUGGCUUCAGAACCAAUCAUGAGCAGCUGCAUCGUGCCAAAAAACUUCGGCCAGACAGCCGUCCCCAUCCUUCUCUUCCACGGAUUUGACAGCUCAUGCCUGGAGUGGCGGCGGGUGUAUCAGCGUCUGGAGGAGGGGGGGGCAGAGCCAUGGGCGGUGGACACUCUGGGCUGGGGUUUCUCAGACACCACCAAGGAUCGAGGAAUUCAGUCCUUCUCCGUAGAUGCCAAGAGGGAGCAUCUGUACCAGUUCUGGCGGCAACACCUAGGGGGGCGCCCAGCUCUGCUGGUUGGUCCUAGCCUUGGGGGUGCUGCUGCCAUCGACCUGGCUGUGAACCAUCCCGAUGUGCCAGCAGGUCUCCUCCUGCUGGACGCACAGGCGUUUCAGGAGGGCGUGGGUCCUCUUGCUGCCCUGCCUAAGUUCCUAGCCUACGCUGGGGUAGCUCUGCUGAAAAGCGUGCAGCUGCGCAUGUCAGCAAUUAAGAUGGCAUUCCAUGACAAGACACUGUCAACAGAAGACGCAAUGAAUGUCGGCCGCUUGCAUUGCCUGAUGCCUGACUGGGCUGACGCAAUGGUUGAUUUCAUGCGCUCCGGCGGUUACCACGUGUCCAAGAGAGUGGGCGAGGUGUCACAGCCAUGCCUUGUGGUAUGGGGGAGCGAGGAUGAAAUUCUUGAACCGAGCCUGGCAGAGCGUUUCAAGGCAGAGCUACCAGACUGCAGGGACGUGGUGCAUCUUCAAGGCUGCGGGCAUAUUCCGCAUGUGGAGAGGCCUGCUGACGUGGCACAGCUGAUUCUGGAGUUCUGCUCGCAGCUGCAGGGGGAGCGGGAGAGAGACGGCGCAGAGGAAGAAAAGGUGGCUGUGGCCUAG